CAGCAAUGAACACAAUCUUCAGCAAAAUCCCCAUAAAAAAAUCCGUUCUUUCUUCUUACCCUUUAUUCACUUGCCUUUCAUCAAACAAACCGCACAGUUACAAUUCAAAAUCUUUCAGUUCUUUGAAGCAAAGUGACACAAAGGAGUCAUCUUUGAUGAAGAUGAAGGAUGAAAGCAAGAAAAGGGCUGAGUGUAAAGAUAAGAGUGGGCCCAAAGACCAAAAGUCAAAAUCUAGAAGACUUAAUCCUGUUAAUACCACUUCUUAUGUUCAGAUUUUAGGAACAGGAAUGGAUACUCAAGACACAUCACCAUCAGUUUUGCUCUUCUUUGAUAAUAUGAGAAUUGUAUUCAAUGCAGGAGAAGGACUACAACGAUUUUGUACAGAACAUAAGAUUAAGAUGUCAAAGAUCGAUCACAUAUUUCUUUCACGCGUUUGCUCUGAAACGGCUGGUGGAUUACCAGGUCUUUUAUUGACAUUAGCUGGCACUGGUGAAAAAGGGUUAUAUGUAAAUGUAUGGGGACCGUCGGAUCUUAAAUAUUUCGUUGACGCAAUGAAAUCUUUCGUUCCAAAUGCAGCCACUGUUCACACACGAUGCUUUGAUGCAUCAUUCAAAUCUGAUAUGGUUUUAGUGGAUACAGAUACCGAAAACGUAAGUGAUCAAAUUAAACUUAUUCAUGAUAAAGUUGUCAAAAUAUCGGCUGUGUUGUUGCAACCUGAAACCCGCACGCGUAAAGAAGAUGAGUUUGCAAUAAAGUGUAGUGAUGUUUCUGUUCUAUAUGUUUGUGAGUUGCCGGAGAUCAGGGGUAAAUUUGACCCGGAUAAGGCCAAAGCACUUGGAUUAAAGCCCGGGCCCAAAUACCGUGAACUACAAGAAGGAAUAUCUGUGAAAUCCGAUUUACAAGAUAUCAUGGUUCAUCCCGACGAUGUACUUGGACCUUCGAUUCCCGGGCCCAUUGUUCUCCUUGUAGAUUGCCCAACACUCUCUCAUUUUCAAAAAAUAUUAUCCACGCAUUAUCUCGAGAAUUAUUACGCCGAUAAAGCGGAAGGAAAACACAAAAUUGUCAAUUGUGUAAUUCACUUAAGUCCAUCAUCGGUUGUAAACUCUAGUGAUUAUCAAAAGUGGAUGUCAAGAUUUUGUGGUGCCGAACAUAUUCUGGCAGGGCAUCAAAAGAAGAAUAUCGAGAUAUCAGUUUUGCAAUCUAGUGCAAGAGUUGCAGCUCGGCUGAAUUAUUUAUGCCCUCAGUUUUUCCCAGCUCCAGGUUUUUGGUCUCCUGAACAACCGAAUCGUUCAAAUGAUGUUUCUGAUCUAAAUUUUUGCAAGACUGUUUCUGCCGAAAAUCUUCUCAAGUUUCAUUUGCGUCCUUAUGCACAACUUGGAUUAGACCGAUCUUGUAUACCGAUUAAAGCAGGCCCCGAAGAAAUCAUUAACGACCUAAUUUCGGAAAUUCCAGAAAUUUCGGAUGCUGCUAAGCACGUUUCUCAGCUUUGGGAAGGUGAUGAAGAACUUUGGGUGAAUCAAAACGUUGUUUCUAGAUGUUUGAAAAAUAUAACAAGAGAAAAUGUCGAAAUUGUCCUUCUCGGAACCGGUUCAUCUCAACCGUCUAAGUAUCGAAACGUUAGUUCUAUCUUCAUCAAUCUUUUCUCUAAAGGUAGUUUACUACUAGAUUGCGGUGAAGGAACACUCGGUCAGCUAAAAAGAAGAUUUGGUAUUCAAGGCGCAGAUAAUGCCGUCAAACGUUUAAAGUGCAUUUGGAUUUCACAUAUUCACGCAGAUCACCACACGGGUUUAGCAAGAAUACUUAUUCUGAGACGUGACUUGCUAAAGGGGUUACCUCACGAACCUUUAAUCGUUAUUGGGCCUGAACAACUUAAAGGAUUCCUAGAUGCAUACGAAAAACUCGAAGAUUUAGAUAUGCAGUUUCUUGAUUGUAGCCUUACGACACAAACGUCUUUAGCUUCUUUUGAAUCAAACUAUAAUAACCGACUAAAUAGUUAUCCGAUUCUCAAGAAUUUGAAAAAUGUGAUUGGUGAUGCGGGCUUAGAAAACGUGAUUAGUUUUCGUGUUGAACAUUGCAAGGAAGCGUUUGGGGUGGUUUUGAAGGGUACGGAUAGAAUUGAUAGUGACGGGGGAGUUAUACCCGGGUGGAAGAUUGUAUAUUCGGGUGACACUCGACCGUGUUCUGCGUUAGUGGAAGCUUCUAGAGGAGCAACUGUUUUGAUACACGAGGCGACUUUUGAGGAUGCUUUAGAGAAAGAAGCAACAGCAAAAAACCACAGUACAACAUCAGAAGCAAUUGAAACGGGGAACGCUGCAGGAGCGUAUCGAAUCAUUCUUACACAUUUCAGUCAAAGAUACCCAAAGAUUCCGGUAUUUGACGAAAGUCACAUGCAUAAAACAUGCAUAGCUUUUGAUAUGAUGAGCGUUAACUUUGCGGAUUUACAUGUGCUUCCAAGAGUACUUCCGUACCUUAAACUGCUGUUUAAAAAUGAAACGAACGUGGAUGAAUGCGAGGAUGUUGAGGAUGCUGUUACUCUGGCUGCUUGAACACCGUUCGUUUAUGAUGUAAUCGAGUUUUCUACCGAUUCUUUUGAGGCCGUCGUUUUCUUAAUUACAUUCUUAAGAAUGAUUUAUGUACAGAUAAGAUAAUCAGUUUAAACUUUGCUGCAACUGGAAACAUAUGAUGGCAUAGCUAUUAAUAGCGCGCUCGCUAUGGCGUUUAGUGUGGCAAAGCGAUUGCAAGUCGCAAUCUGAUUAUGACGCCCUCAUAGCGUGGAAAUAGCGGGAUUUAAGGGUUUUCUUUUUGUUUUAAUAUAAAUAGCGAUAAUAUAUGUCUAUAAAA